AUGGCUGCUGUGGCUGCAGAGGCUCCAGCUGCUCCUGGCCACAAGGUCAAGCCCCAGAAGCCCGAUGAGGAGGCUUUCAAGGCCAACUUGGCCAAGGCCGAGAAGGAGCAUGCUGCCGUUCAGGAAAAAUUGAACCAAAUCAAAGCCAAGAUCGAGAGCGCAAAGCCCAACAACCAGGACUCGCCUGCCGCCAAGAGACAGAAGGAGCUGCGCGCCGAACUCGCUGCCAUCCGUCAGAAGCAGCAGAGCUUCAAGGCCUCACGGACCAGCACCCAGGAGAAGAUCAAUGCGCUCGACGCCAGCCUCAAGGCCCGCGUGGCGGAGCAGAACAACUCCCGCAGCAAGAUUGCCUUCAAGAGCGUCGAGGAGAUCGACCGGGAGAUCGCUCGUCUGGAGAAGCAGGUCGACUCGGGCAACAUGCGUCUGGUGGAUGAGAAGAAGGCCCUGGCGGAUAUCUCGAACUUGCGCAAGCAGCGGAAGAACUUCGCCGGCUUGGACGAUGGGCAGAAGGUCAUCAAUGACUUGAAGGCGCAGAUCGCCGCUCUGAAGAAGUCCCUCGACAACCCGGAAGCCAAGGCGCUCAGCGACAAGUACGCCGAGAUCCAGAAGGAGCUUGACGCGAUCAAGGCGGAGCAGGACAACGCUUUCAAGAACCUCAAUUCCCUGCGGGACGAGCGCACGAGACUGCACGAGGAGCAGCAGAAGAAAUUCACGGCCAUCCGCGAGCUCAAGGACAACUACUACAAGCAGCGCAAGGCCUGGAAGGAGUACGAGGACGAGAUGUGGAGGAUCCGUCGGGAGCGCCAGAAGGCCGAGCGGGAGGCUCAGGAGCGUGAGAGGAGGAAGAAGAUCGCCGACAAGAAGCUGGAGGAGGCUUCUCGGCCGGCCUACACGGAUGAGAUCCUCACCGCUCAGGGUCUUAUCCGUCACUUCGACCCGUCCUACGACUUCUCGACGUUGGGUCUGGACGACGGCAAGAAGGUCCAGACGGGCGCCCUCCGUGCGGAGGUCGGCCGUACUGUGGACGACUCGAACAUCAAGGGCGUUAAGAUUGUCAAGAAGGAUGAACGGGAGGAAGACUACUUUGUCGGCACGGGCGGCAAGAAGGGCAAGAAGGGGAAGAAGGGCAGCGCCAACGGCUCCGCGGCCCCUGGCACCCCUACGGAGGGUGGCAAGUUCAACCUCAGCUUCGGUGUUAUUGAGGACUUCGCCAAGGUCAAGGUCGACCCGCCGAUGAGUCAGGCCGAUGUGCCGGGCGUGAUUGAGAAGCUGGCUGCCAAGAUCACCGAGUGGAAGAAGAACCAGGCCGCGAAAACCGAGGAGAACAUCAAGAAGGCCAAGGAAGAGAUUGCCCGUCUGGAAGAGGAAGCGCAGCGGGCGGCCGAGGCAAAGAAGAACGCCAAGGUGAACGGCCACGCUGAGGCGAAGCAGGAGAAGGACGCUGUUGCUGAGGCAUCGGAGGAGCUGCAGAAGGCUUCUCUGGAGGACAAGGCGUAA